GACGUUCGUGCCGACACAAAUGACAACCUGAAACAAAAAUGUGUAUUUCUCUGUUAUACUUAAUUGUUUAUACGUAAUUGUUUGCAUGUUCCUUCGCGUAUAAAACGUUUUCAUACAAGCUUUUCAUUCACCAGUAGGGGUAGCUAAUGCACGCCUAUCAAUGUGUUGGCAAGUAUAGAUAAGUUUGUCAUUCGUCGACUUCCGUAGUGAGUCGGGAAACAUGGCUUCUCACACUAGCAAGAUAUUACUGUCCUUUGGUAGAUUAAACGUAACCGGCGUUGGACUACAAGGUUUGGCGAGCAGGGUGACAUACUCGACUCAAUCGUCUAUACAUUCCCCUGUAAAUAAAAAUCUUCCCGAGAGAGGCAAUAACCCAAGAACAGUCAGAAAGCAGAGAAAAGAUGAAGGACCACCGAGGACGGAAAAGAUGUCAGCCGAGCAGGACUGGACUAAUGUCUAUCCAGCAGCCACCCCCUUCAGAGCGAGCGCUGUCCCUUUACCUGUGAGGAUGGGUUAUCCGGUAAAAGGAGGCGUACCUCUGGAGAAGAAAGGCAACCUGGAGCUGAUCAAGGUGCCAAACUUUCUCCACCUGACACCGGUUGCCAUCAGGAAACAUUGCGAAGCCCUCAAACAAUUCUGCACCGAAUGGCCGUCAUCCUUGGACACAGACGCCAAGUGUGACCAGCACUUCCCCGUCAAAGUGGAGACCAGCGACUACAUCUCUGCCGGCCUCUCUAUCCGAAACCCCUCUGCCCGUGUUGUUCAUCUACGAGUCAAGCUGUCCGCUUUAAACCUUGAUGACCACGCCAGGAAGAAGAUGCUCAAACUCGUUGGGGAGAGAUACUGCCAAGACACCGACGUCCUGACCAUCACGACUGACAGCUGUCCACUGAGGCAGCAGAAUUAUGACUACGCCAUGUACCUGCUCACCGUCCUUUAUCACGAGUCCUGGAAAACCGAAGCCUGGGAGGCCGAGAAGACCGUGGCGGACAUGGAGGACUAUUCCUGGGAGGACAGCCCAUCCCAGAAGAACAUCAUGGACACGCUGAUACGCACCAAGGCGGUGGCGGCAGAAGACGGAAUACGAGAGCAGCUUCUGGGCAGGAGCGAAGUGCAGGAGUACAAGGACUCUGUCACCAGACUGAAGAACGAAGGCGAGAGUGAGAGCGCCAUGCUUCAGUACAAAGAGGCUGUGAAGAAAGUACUCAAGCUGUGACCUAAAGUUCUAAAGUAUUCAUCUUUAAAUGUCAUAUUUAAAGAAAUAAAACGCACAACUUCAGGAGCUCUCUCUGACCACCCUG